AAUGGCUUCCCAUCUGCUCAGCCCUAAAGCACCGCCUCCGCCAGUCUCCUCGCCCUCGCCGUCCGGCUCUCUCUCCGGCGCUCGCCCUCUCUCCGGUUCUCUGUCACAGAAGUUAUUCGGCCGAACACCCAAGGGGGGAGUUGCCUCUGUCUUCUUGAAUUUUGUUUCAACUUUUGGGGAAAAACACUCGAGGCAGCCCUCGAGGAUCUUGUAAAAAUGUCUGUAACAGCAGGUGUCAGCGAUACUGUUAUUACUAUUAGGGAUAAACUUAGAGGUAAAAUUGGGCAAACGAAAGUUAAAAGAUAUUGGCCUGGUAAAGCUCCUGAGUGGGCAGAUGAUGCCGAUGAAGAUGGGGAUAUUAGGAUGUCUAGAGCAGUUGCCCUGGAGAAAGCUUUCCCUCGGCAGGAAGAUUCAGACAUCACGAGACGUGAUGAUCCUAGGUUGCGUCGUUUGGCUGAGAGUAGGAUAGAUAAUCGUGAAGAAAUACGAGCUGAUCAUAGGCGCAUUCGACAAGCAGAGAUUGUUUCAACGAUCGAGGAGGAAAACAAAAGACAAGAACGUUUACAUUUAGAGGAAGAGGAUGAAGAUGCCUUGGAGGAAAGGAGGAGGAGAAUUAGGGAGAAGUUGCUUCAGAGACAGCAGGAAGAAGCUGCACUUCUUCCAGAAGAAGAGGAAGAGGACGAAGUAGAGGAAGAGGAGGAAGAGGAGUCUGAAUACGAGACUGACUCGGAGGAUGAACAGACGGGUCCAGCACUGAUCAAGCCUGUUUUUGUCCCAAAAUCGGAAAGAGACACCAUAGCUGAGCGUGAGAGGCUGGAGGCAGAAGAGAGAGCCCUUGAGGAAUUAGUGAAGAAGCGUUUGGAAGAAAGAAAGACCGAGACAAAGCAAAUAGUGGUUGAGGAGGUGCGCAAGGAUGAAGUAAUUCAAAAGAACUUGGAAUUGGAGGCUAAUGCUGCUGAUGUAGACACUGAUGAUGAAGUAAAUGAAGCAGAGGAAUACGAAGCUUGGAAGGUCAGAGAGAUUGCAAGGAUAAAGAGGGAUAGGGAGGACCGAGAGGCAAUGUUGAAGGAGAAGGAGGAGAUUGAGAAGGUCAGAAACAUGACCGAGGAAGAGAGGAGGGAGUGGGAGAGGAAGAAUCCGAAACCUGCUGCUCCGUCCAAGCAGAAAUGGAGGUUCAUGCAGAAAUACUACCAUAAAGGUGCUUUCUUUCAGUCAGAUGCUGAUGACCAUGCUGGAACUGCUGGGUCGGCUGAGAUCUACAGACGCGAUUUCUCUUCUCCAACUGGUGAGGAUAAGAUGGAUAAGACCAUAUUACCCAAAGUCAUGCAGGUCAAGCACUUUGGUCGUAGUGGAAGGACGAAAUGGACCCAUCUUGUUAACGAGGACACAACUGAUUGGAACAAUCCGUGGACAUACAAUGAUCCUCUUCGGGCCAAGUACAAUGCGAAAAUGGCAGGAAUGAAUGCACCUAUAGCAAAACCCAAAGGAAGUAAGAAGCUCAAGGAUUGGGAGCCUCGGUAGAAGUUGGUAAAUUUGUUUCUUUAUGUUCGUAUUAUUGGAUUUAUUGUAUAUUUGGGUUUUUUAGCUUUUACUCCUAACAUACGGGACAUUUUCGGUUGUGGAUUUAUUGUACACGAGGGAGCUCUUGCAUGCGGAAAUCAUCUUCAGCAAAUAUACUUUAUUCAUCUCUUUCA